AUGUCAGCCUCACGCGACACAUCCAGCCCAUCGCCGGGCCCAUCGCCGGGCCCUACACAACAACCCCCGGCCUCAGCCUCCGAUCCCGACGGCCCCGCCUUCAGCAGCCAAAGUACCGAUGCAUCGACGUCAUCGCCGCCGCGCCGGAAACGGACCACCCCAAGGAAACGAAAAGUUCCCCGAAUACACCGCCCCGAUGAAGGCUCUAUAUACGACAUAAUGCACGACAAUUCUGGCAAAUCGCUCUACCUUCUCCCCAUCUGCUGGACAGAUCUCCAUGCCACGCUCCUUGGCGCAUCGUUCACCGAAGGCGCCCCUAUUGUCACGCCGGUUCCAGAAACUGUCCCUGGGCGAUGGCUCGAUCCUUCGCUGCUUGCGCGCCAGCUCACCGACCAACUGCACACUCUUAUCAGGAGCGAAACGUCCAUGACACGGAUAUUUUGCAAAAACAUGGCUAUGAAGAACGCAAUGGGGAUAUUUUUUCCGGAUAGGCUAGCGAACCCAAAGAUGAACGCCGAGCUUGACAUUUACUUUGGCCAGCGCGUCUUCCGGAAGGCGGUGCGCAUUCCGUGCCUGUGGAAGACACCCAACGCCAGUUCAUUCACAACGAUACCAACGGUCCCGAACGACUCUUUUUACGUACCCAAUAGCCCGCAGGAGCCGCAGCCCGAACUACUACAGCAGACCCCCAACAUGCCGAUAUUAGCCUACAUCAACAAGUCGCAACUUGCUUUGAUACGACAAAACCUGUUCAGGAUCGUUCAAACGCCCUUCAAUCCCAAUGAAUCUGUCGCCAGUCUACAGGCAUUGCGCUCGAAACAUCUGAUACCCGCCGACGUCGAUCAGGAUCCGUAUAUUGUCGCGAUGAUGGUCUCCAUGGCGCAAGCGCAUUUCUACCAGGAGGUUUCGCACUCGCAAAAAUCCGACUCCCAGCAGUCCACGCGCUCCGGUAACGGCAAACCCUUCGAGAUUGCGGAACCAAAGUUCGAGGACACCAAGGUGACAGUCAUUGCCCACGACGAGGGCAUCGAGAACAACCCUAGGUUUCUUGUCUACACGGCGACGGUGACGGCAGAUUACAUGGAGCGGUGGCUGUACCCGCUCAAGGUACCCCAGUCAUCCAAGAAAGCAAAAAAGCAGAUCAAUCUCGACAUAACCAUGACGCCCGUUCCUUUCUGGCCCAUUCUCGGCUUGAAAGAGCGCCUGGCUCGGGCGUUGGGUAAGGACAUUGUCGGUCCGGAUGUGUACUCCGACCUCUACCCCGAUCACAUCGGCUUCUGGGACCUUCUCGUUGAACCGCGCAAAGAGGACACCAACAACAACACACCGCCGAAGAACGAAUCCAACUCAAGGAAACGACGUGCGGAGAGGCAAGGAGGGAGGGAAUCGCAAAGUAGCCCGAGCAGUCAGAGUCAGAGUCAGAAUCAAAGUCAGAGUCAGGGGAGUCAAGGCUACAACAGUCAGGGAAGCGCCACGAGCUCCCAGAGCCAGAGGGGGGAGAGUAGUGAGAGUGAUAGCCAACGGGAACCCUUGUCCGAGGUUUAUAACAGCAGCUUCGAGGAGGAGACACCUGAGAGCGACACCCCAACGAGCCCUACAAGAUCUGAGGCGGAUCGAGCAGACCGAGCAGAUCGUGAUCGGCCCGUAUUAAGUCCGAAUACUAAGAGGAGGAGGACGGCGAGGUCUAUCAGUGCUGUGGAGGUCCGUUAG